UGUGCUGCAUAUGUCACCGUUCCGUGAAUAUUAACGUUUGUUCAGUACUGCACACUUGAAGAAUCCCUUACCGGAAAAUGAGUCACUGGGUCAGAAAGUUAUUUCCUAUUUCAGAAACGUUGAGAAACACGCAUGAAACGAAGAAGGGGGAGAGAAGAGAGGAGGUACUCCACAUUAUCGCCGCACGGAACUCUUGAAACUUCACAAUAAAAUGACUUCAGAAACUGCUGAACGGUUUAGCACUGGAUUAAUGGCCGAACAGUGAUCUCAGAAUGGCAACAAGACACAUAUUAUCUCUGCUCCUCCUUGGAUUAUGCAUGAGCACUCACAUUGUGAAAUGCACCUCCGUGUGUUCAGUCGACGGCUCUGUUGUCCUCUGCAUAGAUAGAGGCCUUCAAGAGGUGCCAGAGCUGCCCAAGCAUGUAAAUAACUUGGAUCUGAGUAACAACAGCAUUGCUGAACUCCAUGAAACAUCCUUUUCUCAUGUGGAAGGUCUACAAGUCAUCAUACUGAUGCACCAAACACCAGGGCUUGUGAUCAGAAACAAUACAUUCAGAAGACUCUCUAAUUUAACAUCACUUCAGCUAGACUACAACCACCUGCUGCAAAUGGAUACAGGAGCAUUUACUGGAUUAUCCAACCUUGAGAUUCUCACUCUCACUCAGUGCAGUUUAGAUGGUUCUGUUUUGUCUGGUGACGUCCUCAAACCUCUGGUGUCUCUACAGAUGCUUGUCUUACGCAAUAACAACAUUCACAGAAUCCAGCCGGCAUCGUUCUUUUUAAAUAUGAGGAGAUUCCAUGUGCUGGAUCUCUCUCACAACAAAGUGAAGAACAUCUGUGAAGAAGACCUCCUCAGCUUUCAGGGUAAACAUUUCACGCUUCUGCAACUGGCCUCCGUGACACUGCAAGACAUGAAUGAGUACUGGUCAGGAUGGGACAAGUGUGGAAACCCGUUUAAGAACAUGUCUGUAACUGUAUUGGACCUAUCUGGAAACGGCUUUAAUGUUAACAUUGCAAAGCGAUUUUUUAAUGCAAUCAGUGGUACCAAAAUCCAAAGUCUAAUUUUCAGUAAUAUUUGCAGCCUGGGCAGAUCUUCUGGUAAUAAUUCAAAAGAUCCAGACAAAUUCACAUUCAAGGGUCUUGAGGCGAGUGGUGUUAAGACUUUCAAUCUGUCCAGUUCAAAUAUUUUUUCUCUGUCAUAUUCAGUAUUUAGUUAUUUGCCAGAUCUAGAACAAAUUACACUGGCACAAAGUCAGAUCAACAAGAUUGAAAACAAUGCAUUUUUGGGUAUGACAAAUUUACUACAGCUAAACCUGUCCAAAAACAUCCUGGGUAUUAUUAAUUCUGACACUUUUCAGAAUCUAGAGAAACUCGAGGUGCUUGAUUUGUCAUAUAAUCAUAUAUGGAAGCUUGGACAUCAGUCAUUUCAAGGACUUACAAAUCUACUCAACUUAAAUUUAACAGGAAAUUCGCUCAAAUAUGCACAUACAUUUGCAAGCCUACCAAGCCUGGAGAAGCUCUACUUGGGUGACAACAAAAUUACACAUGUGUCCAAUUUACUCAACAUUGCCACAAACCUCAAAACCCUUUACCUGCAAUUUAACAAAAUAUCUUCCAUGUCAGAGUUCUACACGAUACUAGAGAAGUUUCCUCAAAUCGAGGAAAUUGUUUUUCGAGGUAACGAACUUGUUUAUUGCCCUGAUGACGAGCAUAAAGUGCUUUCACAAAAAAUAAAAAUCCUUGAUCUUGCAAUUGCAGGUCUGGAAGUUAUCUGGUCAGAAGGAACAUGUUUAAACCUAUUUGACGAUCUUCACCAGUUAGAAGCGCUUUUUCUUAGUUCCAACAGACUUCAGUCGCUUCCCAAAGACAUUUUCAAAGACCUCACCUCCUUGAUCUUUUUGGAUUUGUCCUCCAAUUCUUUGAAGUACCUUCCUAAUGGUAUUUUCCCUAAAAGUUUACAAUAUCUUAAUCUUGAAUACAACUCUGUUUAUUCAGUGGAUCCAAACCUCUUCAGCACCCUCAGCUACCUCAGCCUGCUGGGCAAUGGAUUUAAUUGUGACUGCAACCUAAGGGAUUUCCAAACAUGGCUAAAUCAAACCAACAUAACCCUUUUUCACCCCAUUGAGGAUGUGACAUGUGCCAGUCCUGAGGAUCAGUACAUGGUUUCGGUUGUGAGAUCCAGCAUUCAAUGUGAGGAUGAAGAGGAUGCGUGGAGCGUUGAAAAACUGAGGCUUGCGCUUUUCAUUUGCUGUACCGCACUGAUCAUAUUAUUCACUGCCAGUGCCAUCAUUUAUGUCUGUCAACGUGGCUACAUCUUCAAGCUUUACAAAAAACUUAUGGCCAAACUUGUGGAUGAAAAGCAAGAGAAGCCUGAGCCUGAUCCUGAUCGAUUCCUGUACGACGUGUAUCUUUGUUUCAGUUCCAGUGAUAUUAAGUGGGUAGAAAGAGCGCUGUUGAAGAGGCUUGACUCUCAGUUCUCAGAGCAGAAUACACUCCGCUGCUGCUUUGAGGAGCGAGACUUCAUACCCGGGGAGGACCAUCUUACCAACAUGCGAAAUGCUAUCCAGAAUAGUCAAAAAACCCUUUGUGUGGUGUCUGAACAUUUCCUGAAGGAUGGUUGGUGCUUGGAAACCUUCAACCUGGCUCAGUGCAGAAUGCUAGUGGAGCUUAAAGACAUUCUGGUGGUGCUGGUUGCAGGGAACAUACCGCAGUACAGGUUACUGAAGUACGAACAACUGAGAUCUUACAUUGAGACCAGAAGGUACCUUAUGUGGCCCGACGACAACCAGGACUUGGAGUGGUUUUAUGACCAACUUCUGCAUAAAAUAAGAAAAAACACCAAGGUUAAACAAACAAAUGCUAAAGAAAAAGACAAGGAGGUCAAAAACAAUCCUGAAGCAGCAAAUGUUCAUGCGGACACGGCAGUGUAACUGUGAAGGACUUCGUGUAAACAUACCUUUCUUUGCUUUUGGUGAGGUUUUCAUUCAUCCUACUGUGUUUGACCCGCUUUCUU